UUAGUAAACAAUGGUAGCCUAUAGAAAGCUCAUAAAGUAGCUUAACAUUUUGCAGUUUCACCUAUUUACAGCACCAAAAGCAAUGAAUAUCCAAAUACUGUCAUCUAUUUUCUUACUCUUAAACUUGAUUAUUCCAAUUGCAUCCUCUUUGUCCUUUAAUUUCACUCGUUUUGAUCCUAAUAACAAGACCAUAAUCUAUAAUGGAUCAGCAAUUCCAGCAACAUCGACUAUUCAACUUACAACAAACCAACAAGACAAGCAAAUGAAUAGAAGUAUUGGUAGAGCCACAUAUUUCCAACCAAUUUUCCUAUGGAACAAAACCACAAAGAAUCUCACAGAUUUCACAUCUCAUUUCACUUUUACCAUAGAUUCACAGAAAAGGCUAUAUUAUGGUGAUGGAAUUGCAUUUUUUCUUGUCCCUUAUGGUUCUGAGAUGCCUAAUGCAACACAAGGAGGUGCUAUGGGUUUAACACUUGAUAACCAACCACUGAACUCAACUGACUAUCCAUUUGUUGCUGUGGAGUUUGAUAUCUUUACCAAUGACUGGGAUCCACAUCCAGCACAUGAGCAUGCCGGAAUCGACAUCAACUCGGUGAAAUCUGUUGCUAAUGCAACAUGGCUGGCUGAUAUAAAAAAGGGUAGACUUAAUGAGGCUUGGAUCAAUUACAAUGCUAGUUCAAGAAAUCUAAGUAUUAUAUUCACUGGUUUCAAUAAUUUAACAUCUUCUACUUCUGUGAACCAAUCUUUAUCUGCCAUAGUUGAUCUCAGACUUUAUCUGCCAGAAUUUGUUACUAUUGGUUUCUCAGCUGCCACAGGAACUUCAUAUGCUAUUCAUAGUAUAUCUUCAUGGGAUUUUAGCUCAACUUUGGAAGCAGAUCAAGAUAACAAUAAAACAAUCACUGCUCCUGGUUCUAAGAAGGAAAAGGCCAAGACAGGCCUAGUAGUCGGAUUGGGAAUUGGUGGAUUUGUUUUCAUCUGCGUGUUCAUUCUUAUUUCGGUUUACUUGUGGAAGAAGUGGAAGAAAAUAAAAGAGGAAGAUGGUGAAUUUGAAGAGUACAUGGGUGAGGAUUUCGGAAGAGGGACGGGACCCAAGAAGUAUACAUAUGCAGCACUAGCACAUGCAGCUAAUAAUUUCAAAGAUGAGCACAAGCUAGGAGAAGGAGGAUUUGGAGGUGUUUAUAGAGGUUUUCUUAAAGAUGCAAAAUCUCAUGUUGCUAUUAAGAGAGUGUCGGAAGAUUCUCAUCAAGGGAUAAAGGAGUUUGCAUCAGAAGUAACCAUUAUUAGCAAAUUAAGGCAUCGGAAUCUAGUGCAAUUGAUUGGUUGGUGUCAUGAAAGGAAGAAGUUAUUGCUUGUAUAUGAGUACAUGCCGAAUGGUAGUUUAGACAUUCAUCUUUUUAAAAAACAAAGCUUUUUGAAAUGGGCUGUUAGAUAUACAAUAGCUAAAGGCUUGGCUUCUGCAUUGUUAUAUUUGCAUGAAGAAUGGGAACAAUGUGUUGUACAUAGAGACAUAAAAGCAAGCAACAUAAUGCUUGAUUCAGAGUUUAAUGCAAAACUUGGAGAUUUUGGUUUAGCAAGGUUUGUGGAUCAUGGAAAAGGCGCACAAACAACAGCUUUAGCAGGGACUAUGGGAUACAUGGCCCCUGAAUGUGCUACCACUGGAAGGGCUAGUAAAGAAACAGACGUGUAUAGUUUCGGAAUUGUUGCUUUAGAGAUAGCUUGUGGAAGAAAACCAGUAAAUAUUAAGGCUCAAGAAAAUGAAGUACAUAUUGUGGAGUGGGUUUGGGGGCUAUAUGGAAGAGGGAGAAUUCUUGAAGCAGUGGAUGAAAGACUAAGUGGAGAUUUUGAUGAGGAACAAAUAAAGUGCUUGAUGAUUGUUGGUCUUUUGUGUGCUCACCCUGAUCCUAAUAAUAGGCCUUCAAUGAGACAAGCUAUUCAAGUGCUUAAUUUUGAAGCUCCAAUGCCUCAUCUUCCAUCAAGUAUGCCAGUGCCAACAUAUGCCGAAGGCCCUUUUAAUUCAUUCACAUCUCCAUUUAGCAUAAGUGGUUCAGAGGAAGGUCAAAGCAAGAAUAUAAUAAGUUAUAGUUCAAACACAAACUCAACUACUACUACUUCUGAUGUUUCUCCUUCUGUGUCUCUUCUGUAUUCUAGAUGAAAUUAAUUUUAUUUUAAUCCAUCUUUCUAUCUUUUAAAUGUAUU